AUGUGUCGGUCUUUUGCUCGUCUGCUGCAAGGUCUGUCUAUCCAUGUCCAUUCCUUGGAAGCUAGUCAACAGGGUCAUCAUACGUCAUUGAGAAUCCCUGAAUCCGUUUCUGUGGCGAGAAGCAGAUCGUUCGCCCCAAAUACCCAUCAUGCCGCUCAUUACGCUCUGCGCGUCUCGUCCUUCUCGCCUAAAAGAGUUGCGCAUUCCCUAAACACAUUGAAAUCCACAUCACGUGUAUAUUCGCAGGAUCUUGGCCCAAAACCAAGAUAUCUGGAUCCAGAAGGUAUGGUCAGGGCGACUGAGACGCCUGGGCCGGAGGCGAAGCCGGUGGAUAUCCUCAAUGGAGAUGUACCCUUACCUGCUGGCCAGGCAGAGGCUUCAUUGGAUCCAGAAUCAGAUGAAGACAUCCCCGUUGAUGCGGAAGAGCUAAAAGAGGCGCUCGGCCGACCACCUCCGGUGAACAGCAGCUACCUGCCACUUCCAUGGAAAGGCAGAUUAGGAUAUGCAUGUCUAAAUACAUACCUUCGAUAUUCAACACCCUCCGUCUUCUGUUCUCGGACCUGUCGAAUCGCCUCUAUACUCGAAAAUCGACACCCGCUCCAAGAUCCCGACCAACCCGCACACACGAUCAAGAAUCGUCCAGACCGCAACCAGCCAUCUGAUGUUGCACGCGGACAAACCUUCGUCGAGGGGCUAGCCUUGGCGAAUGUACGGGAUUUGGCCAAGAUCAUUCGUUGGAACGACAGAUAUGGCAUUAAGUUCAUGCGACUCAGCAGUGAGAUGUUCCCAUUUGCUAGUCACAAGGAAUAUGGCUAUAAGUUGGCGCCGUUCGCCUCGGAGGCGCUAGCAGAUGUAGGACGUGUGAUUGCAGAACUCGGACACCGGGUGUCGGUUCACCCUGGCCAAUUCACUCAAUUCGGAUCGCCGAGAGAGGAAGUCGUCGAGAAUUCUACUCGCGAUCUCGAGUAUCACUCGGAGAUGCUCCAGCUACUCAAACUCCCCCCACAGCAGGACCGGGAUGCGGUCAUGAUUCUGCACAUGGGUGGUGUGUUUGGUGAUAAGGCUGCUACACUGGACCGGUUCCGAGAGAACUAUGCCAGAUUAUCGCAGGACAUCAAAAAUCGCCUGGUUCUGGAGAAUGACGACGUUAGCUGGUCCGUUCACGAUCUGCUACCUAUUUGCGAGGAGCUCAAUGUCCCUCUUGUCCUCGAUUACCACCACCAUAAUAUCAUUUUUGACGCCAAUGAGGUCCGUGAAGGCACCGAGGACAUCAUACCUCUCUACGAGCGUAUAUCAGCAACAUGGUCUCGGAAGAACAUCACCCAGAAGAUGCAUUAUUCCGAACAAACUGCGGCCGCCAUCACACCACGCCAACGGCGCAAACACAGUGACCGCGUUACCACUUUGCCCCCUUGUCCACCCACCAUGGACCUGAUGAUUGAGGCCAAGGACAAAGAACAAGCCGUGUUCGAGUUGAUGAGAAACUUCAAACUCCCCGGCUACAAUCUCGUGAACGACAUAAUACCGUUCAUGCGGCUUGACGAAAACCAACCACACAAACCACCCAAAAAGUCCAAGAAGAAUGGGGCCUUUGUGGACCUAGAAGGCUUAAUACCACCGCCUCGCACCAUCCCCAACGAAGAAGUCGGAAUGGGUGGACCAGAUGGCAGAGUCUACUGGCCCGAAGGCAUGGAAGAAUGGCUCCGACCGGCAAAGAAAAUCGUGAAGCCCAAAGCUACACCAAGUCCCAAGAAAAAUGCAUCCAAAAAGGGUAAGAUUGAGUCUAUCGCAGACGAUGCUCCUCUAGAUAUACCCAACAAGAUAGAAACACCAGUAAAAAAGCCGGCCAGGCGGACGCGUCCGUCGACCAAGGCUCGCAACAAGCGCAAGGCUUCGGAUAUUGAGUCUACCCCAGAGUCUGAAGAGACAGAAGUGACUAAAAAGUCCCAAGAGAUUUCAGUAUCAGUGGACAAUGCUGCGGCUUCGACAUCACUUUCUCGACGAAGUUCACGUGCGAAGAAAGUGAACUACACCGAGGACAGUUCAUAA